GUGCGCGCCGGGGAAGUGCGGGCGGAGGCGGCGGCGUCAUGGAAUUGGCCCUGGAGCUGACGGCCCGUCACUGCGGGGCGGAGCUGGAGCGCUACGGGCGCUGCGUGGCCGCGAGUCCCGAAUCCUGGCAGAGGGAUUGUCACCGGCUGCGGCUCGGGAUCGCCCAGUGCGCUUCGGCACACCCCAUCGUGCGGCAGAUCCGCCGGGACUGUGCCGAGCCCUUCGCGGCCUUCGAGCGCUGCCUGCGGGAUCACCCCGGGAGCGCCGGGACCUGCCACCCCCACGCCAACGCCUUCCUGCUCUGCGCCGACCAGGUGAAACCCGGGGAGCCCUGAGGGAAUCCUUGGAAAUUCAGUUCCAGGGAAUUUCCCUCCGACAAAAAAUCCGCCUUUUCCCUGGUUUUCGGUUCCCACCUGGAAAAAUCAACGUGUGGAGGCUCAGGGACAAAACACAUCCAGGAAUCCAUCGGCCAAAUCCUCGGGAUUGUCCCGCCCCAUUCCCGGCUCCGCAGAUCCCAGAGUAAGUCAUUACUCCCUUUCUUGGGAAUUCCUUUCCGGGAAUGUUUCCUCCUUGGAACGGUCGGAGAGCUGGGGGAGGUUUUCAUCCUGGAGGAUUUUAUUCCUUGGGCUGGAGCAGCCCCUGGGAAAACUUCUCCAGGAAUUCCAACCAUCCUUCAUGACGUUCUGGGGAGAUCCCGGGUCAUUCCCGAAAAAAACUGGGCUAAAAACACCAUCCCAGCGAUGGAAUCGUGGACAGAACCCGGCAGGGAGGAGAUCCAGAGCCUUUCCAGCUUGGAGUUGUGGUGGGAACACUGGGAGACGGCUUGGGAUGGGCACCAGGGGGGGAAUCCCGAGGGAUUCGGCCUCAAAAUCCCAAAUAUGGGCGCAUUCCACCCCCAAAUUCCCCAAGCUGGCGGAUUCUGACCCGAAAUUCCUGGUCCUGAUGGAAAUUGUUGGGAUGUUAAGUCUGGAUUUCGGGCAGGAAUUGCAGCUCCUGACGGAAAAUGCUGGAAAAUGCCGGAAAAAGCCAAAUAUUGAUGGAUCUGGCCUGAAAUUCCCGGUCCUGAUGGAAAAUGAGGGGAAAUCCCAAAUAUUGAUGGAUUUUGGCUGGAAAUUCCUGGUCCCAGUGGAAAAUGCCAGAAGAUUCACUCAGGAGUCCAGGCAGGAAUUGCAGAUCCCGAUGGAAAAUGCCAGAAGAUGCCAAAUAUUGAUGGAUUCUGGCUGGAAAUUCCUGGUCCUGAUGGAAAAUGAGGGGAAAUCCCAAAUAUUGAUGGAUUCUGGCUGGAAAUUCCUGGUCCCGAUGGAAAAUGCCGGAAGAUUCACUCAGCAGUCCAGGGUGUCU